AUGGAUUCAACUCAAUUGGAAAGAAGUAAACGCGACUAUCCAACUCCACUUGUCGAUCCUCUCAUCUGCGAUCCAAACAAAAUCGUCGAGGGUUAUGGUUUCUGGGGACGAUAUCAGUGGUGGACGGCUGUUCAAUGCAAUUUUAUUAUGCUGUUCUACGCGGCUAACAUCCAUCUUUUACCAUUUAUCACCGGAAGUGCCAAAACAAUGUGUCAACUACCGAACAGCACACGCAUUAAUUUAACCGGUUGUAGCUAUGAAACGAAAAAUGGAAAAGAAUUCUGUGGCGACACCAACGGUUCAAUAAUAUUGCAGCAAAUCAGCCCGGAACCGAUUUCUUCGAUAAUGACAAAGUGCUUUUACAUUAGGAGCGAUCAUCUUUCUACCGAUUUUCUCCUAUUUGGCAGAUCUUUACGGAAGGAAGCUCGUCUUUUUAAUAACAGUCUUUGGAACAUUAUUGGAAAUUUUGCGUGUGCCGCGGCUCCGGGAUUUUGGUUCUUCGUCGUGUUGCGAUUUGUAGUUGGAGCGUUAAGUGAUUCAUAUUACACAAUUGGCGCCAACUAUGUUUGUGAAUUGACCACGGAAAGUCAGCGCUCAUUUGCAGGCUUAAUUGGAACAACUUUUUGGGCGAUAGGGAUUCUUUAUGUCGGAGGACUUGCACAAGCUGUAUAUAAUUGGAGAUUGUUGUACUUGUAUAUGACAUUGCCGUCAAUUUUGUGCUUCUUUAUGAUAUUCACAUUACCCGAAUCACCUCACUGGGCUAUCCGACAUCACAAGCGGAGUCGAAUUGCUUCGUAUAUUGCGGCGUCAAAUCGAUGGAAUUGUAAAAGACUAAAUUUGACUGCAUGUUUACGUGACGAUCCGAAUGAGCAUCGUCCCAAAGUCAACAGUCUGAAAGCCAUUCUCCUAAUGCUAAAGAGCUGCCAGAUGUGGAAGAUCAUCUUGAUUGGCGGACUCAUGAGUUGCAUGAUGAACUUCACUUAUUUUGCUAUUUCUCUUGAGGCUAUCGAUCUAAGUGAGGAUCAUUUCACUGCCUACAUGUUGAAUGGAGUGACCGAUUUGCCAGGGGCUGCGAUGUGCAUUCCAUUGUUGCAUUUCUUUGGUCGUAAAUGGGUGACGAUUUUUAGUGGAAUAUUUUGUGGAUUAGCCCUAGCUGCAGCUCCUUUCCCAGCAGAAUGGUUUGGCGUCAAUGCGCUAAAAGUGGCAUUGAUUUUGCUAGCAAAGUUUUUCAAUACGAUUGCGCAAACGGUGAUCCCCGUAUGGUUUCCAGAAAUGCUGCCAACAACUGUCAGAGUGCUCGGUUUUGCCAUCAUCAACUUUCCGCAUUGUAUCGGCCAAUUUAUUGCUCCAUUCUUCCGACAUGUGCAUUUUCCCUGGGCUCCCCUCAAAUACGUUGUUGUGGGCAUUGCGUGUGUUCUUUGUUCAAUACUUUGCUCCCUUCUUUCCGACACCAAGGGAAAAGAUAUGCCGGGAGAUGUGCACGAGGUUACGCAAACGACAAAAUCCAUCACGCAAGAGAAUGAAAAAGACGAUCUUACGAGUUUUACAGCAGCAGAA